GGCCGCGAGCGGCAGCGGCGGGGGACGCUGCUCUAAGUCCCCACGCUGGAGCGGAGGCUCGGCUCUGAGCGGUCAGGGGAGAGGAGCGCACUGAGAACUCUACUUUCUCAUGAGCCCGAGCCCGGCAAAUGGGCGAAUGAGGAAGGAGAGCGGGGACAUGGACUGCUAUCUGCGUCGCCUCAAACAGGAGCUGAUGUCCAUGAAAGAGGUGGGGGAUGGCUUACAGGAUCAGAUGAACUGCAUGAUGGGUGCGCUGCAAGAACUGAAGCUCCUACAGGUGCAGACAGCCUUGGAACAGCUGGAGAUUUCUGGAGGCACGUCGGCCUUCAGCUGCCCCGAGAGCUCACAGAAACAGCCCGAGUGUCCUCGCUGGCAGGGUAGUGGAGGUCCUGCCAGGCCUAUGGUCUCUCCUUCCUCCAGCCAGCCUUCCUUUGACAGCAGCUCCAAGUUUCCAUGCCAUAGGAGUGUCUGUGGGAAGGAUCUUGCUGCCCUUCCCAACAUGCAGCUGCCAGAGGACCAAAGCUGUACCCAACAGGGGCUGGAGUGGGUGGAACCAGAUGACUGGACCUCCACGUUGAUGUCACGGGGCAGAAAUCGGCAGCCUCUGGUGUUAGGGGACAAUGUCUUUGCAGACCUGGUGGGCAACUGGCUAGACUUACCAGAACUGGAGAAGGGUGGGGAGAAGAGUGAGACUGGGGGACCCCGGGAGCCCAAAGGAGAAAAAAGCCAGUCCCGGGAGCUGGGUCGCAAGUUUGCCCUAACAGCAAACAUUUUCAGGAAGUUCUUGCGCAGCGUGCGGCCGGAUCGAGACCGGCUGCUCAAGGAGAAGCCAGGGUGGAUGACACCCAUGGUCUCCGAGUCACGAGCAGGACGCUCGCAAAAAGUCAAGAAGAGGAGCCUUUCCAAGGGCUCGGGACGGUUCCCUUUCUCAAGCACGGGAGAGCCCAGACACAUUGAAACCCCUGCCACAAGCAGCCCCAAGGCCGUAGAACCCUCCCGUGGGGGCUUUGACAUUAACACAGCUGUCUGGGUCUGAAUUUGAGAGACACUGGCUGAACCUAGAAGGCGGUCUCGUACUGGGCCCUGGGGGGAGAGGGAGGGCCGAUGGCGUGGUCUUCAGGCCAGAUGCGAGUUCCCAUCCUCAGAAAGAAAGGGAAGCAGAGUUCUUAGUCAGGUCUCACUAGAACAGUGGGGAGAGGCUGUUAUAGGGCAGGCUGAGGUAAGAGUCCCUGGAGAGAAUGUAUUUGUGCGUAUGAGUGUGUGCCUGUGUGUGUGUGUGUGUGUGUGUGUGUGUGUGUGUGUGUGUGUGUGUGUGUGUGUGGUUCUUUUGAGGCUGAAUGUGAGAGUAGUUGGGAGAGAGGCAGGGGAAGAGUCCAGGCCGAGCCUGCAUCCCUCUAUUGCCUUCCCGAGACCUCAGUUGAACAUUCUUUAUGGAAAGGGACAUUGAGCCCUCUGGUUUCCCAGAGGAAUUCCCAAUAAAGACCUGUCUCAGGGUCCCCAGCCAUUUUAAUGGUCUGCUUCCCUGACUUUUUUUUUUUAAAGGGCUGGUCUCUCAGGAUGGAGCACCAGAGAGGGAAUUCCCUACACACAGCCCUUCCUAGUACCAAGAUUUCAGCCCAUAGCUGGGUGCUGGGUGCUAGGACUGGAACAAGCAGGUGUGUGUGUGUGUGUGUGUGUGUGUGUGUGUGUGUGUGUGUGUGUGGUGAGGAAGCCUGAGAUGCUCUUGCAUCUCCAAAGUGCAGAGGAGGAGCAAUGCGCCUUCACCCAGGUGCUGUCUCAUGAAUCCAAGUAGGCAUGCCAGCUUUCCAGAUGAAGCUGCAGUCUCCAAGGUGUCCAAGAACACACGGCUGGUGGCUGGUAGGGGACAAAACAGGUGAGGGCAACCUCAGGGUUAUUGCUGGACCCUGGAGUCACAUACUGCCUGGCUGAGCAGUGGGUCCCCAUCCUGACUCCUGUUGCCUGCCCUAAUGCUCCUGCAGGGCAGCAGAUGAUUGGGGUGAGCCCAGAAACAGCCCUCAUACAUUAAAAAAAAAAAAUCCCUAGUCCGCAUCUCGUAGUCACCCAGAGAAUAGAACGAAUGCCGGCCUCAUCUACCCUCAUCACCCUGGAAGUCAACCAGGGACCCUCAGAGUGAGGUUGACGCCAGGCACGUUGUGUAGUGAGCCGGCAAGCAAGUCCAGGGCCACCUGGGUCCACGGAGGGGCCGUCUUGGCCCUCCCUCCUUGGCCAGGAGAGAACAAAGUAGGUCCCUGUUCGAGCCCAGCCACCCUGGAGGGCGGCCUAGCUCCUCCCUCACCCCUCCCGCAGACCCAGCUCAGCUUGAUGGGGUGUGACAACUGCAAUUAGAGGCGAGCCGCCUGCUGCCCCCAGAGCAUUAAGAGCAAAUUGGAGAAGAAAACUAACCAGAGAAGCUCUUCUGCCUGCAGCCUGGACCCCCAGGGGACCGAGUGGGGGAAGGGGAGUGUAGGCUGGAACUGGGUGUGGGGAGGUAGCAGCCGCUGUGGGGAGGGUCACCUGAACGUUCCCACGCAGUCAAAUGAUAGAUGGUUACUUUCUUAAGUGGGGAAAGGGUUUUUUUUGUUUGUAUUUUUGAUCUGUCACUUUUUGCCAGGCAAUGUGCCCAUCUCUUUCAGACCUAGAAUGACCUGGAAUUAUUUUCCCGAUAAAUCAAUGGGUCAAAGAGUCAUGGCAUGCCAGCUGCCCAGAUCAGGAUGCUUGCAAAAGAAAGCAGCUCCCAGUUUGGAUCCCUGGGCACCAGGCCUAUCUACCUUGGCCUGGAGUCUGUCAGCUGGGCUCACUCUUUCUGGCCAAGCGGGUCCUUGUCCAUCCUGCCUCCCCUGAAUUUCUUUGACUGUGGCUGCCUUUGGUGGCCUGCAGCAACGUGUGUAGAAGAGGAACAUGUGAAAAACUUACACCCUGAUUCCUGAAGGGUGGAACACUCCUGAAAUUAUUUAAGAGGGCAUGAACUAUGAUUGUAUAGGAAGCCAAGUCACUUCUUCACCAUCCAUGUGCAACUCAUUUGUUUUGUGGACUAGUGGUAGUUAACAUUGUUUAAAUCAGCUGACACGACAGACUCCUCUCCUGCCCGGGCAUUGUGAUGGAAGAUGAUGGAAGAUGAGAACUCAGAGAUGGGAAAGGAACCGGCUGCUGACCUCCAAGCUACCAACGUACACAAAGAAACAGAGUUAAUCAUCACCUGGUCAGAAAAGAGUCAAAGGACCAAAACAAAACAAUUAGGAAGUAAUUUUGGCUUCCAAGAUAAUCCAUAGGUGCCAGGCACCUUUGCCUUUAUUCUCUUAUUUCCUUUUUGCUACGCCCAGGAAAUGGUUGCUCAUUUUACCUGAAUAGAGGCUCAGAGAAGUUAACUCCUUCAAGGUCACACAGUACAAAGUUGGGAUUGAAAUAGUUUGUAACUGACUUCCAAUCUUGUGUUCCUGUUACCUGGCAAACUGUCCAUAUCAAGCCAGAUCAAGAAUAAGAACAUUUGUCCUUUGUGAUUAUUCACAUCUCUUCAUGACUGACAAGUGGUAUGCUCAUUAGCUAUUUGAGGAAUAUCUACUGGAGGAAUAGUGGAGGAAUUUUGCCUGGGUUUCAAAAGGGCUGAUAUACUGUCCCAACGACUAUGCCAUGCUUUGCUGAUGAAAGACUAUGGUAACUCAACUUCAUGUAAUUUUAUUUUCUGUCCACAUCCUUGGCUCCUGCUGAGACAGUGAUGGAGACUGCGCUACUGAAGUGGAGUGAAGAGGUGACGAGUGAUGUCUCAAGUCUUAGUGAUGCAGAGUGCAGGGCAGUGUGUCUGUGGAGGAGAUAGGGGAAAAGUAGGCAGAGAAACUGACAGCUUAAUUCUGCCUCUUGGGCUCAUUUUAUGGUUAAUUAGGACAUACAAAUGAGCUGGAAGCUCAUUUAAUACCCUUCUUGGCACGGAGGCCUGCCCCACACCUGGCCUAAUUCCUUGGCAGGUACUGAUGCCCUCUGAUUGGCCUAGGCAUCUUCUCAGGGCUCCACCUGCCUCUCUGUGGUCAGUCUGUAGAUAUUCUCCAACCACAGCAUCCACUGGAAGAUCCCUUCGCUGCUGGGCAUGGUUGGUAGAACCUGCCAGAUCUCUGUUUCCUCUUUAUAGGCCUGCAGAACUAGAACCUCUCUUUUCCUCUCCUCCAGGCUCCUCUGUAGCCUACCCUCAGGGUGAUCUCUAACUCAAACUGAUCUUGAGGAACAGACAUUUGACUCAGCUCUGCCAACCAUCCUCACCUGUUCCCCAGAGGCUCCAUAGAAGAGGGUCCUGUUUUUCUCAAGUCACCCCAACAUUCUCAGCAGGAUAAAAUCAAGAGUACCGAAGCUUCCCUGGAAAAGUGUCUAUUCACUUUAGGUGAUCUCUCCAACCAGGGCAGUUAGGUGUUUCUGCCAGCACCAGGCAUUUCUAUAAAUUCCUGAUCUGGAGUCAGAUAGGAAUCUAGACCCAGGCCUGUCAUUGUGUGGGCCUGAGCAUGUUGCCUGACCUGUUGAAGGCUCCUCUGCUCUCAUGUGAAGCAGGGAUGAUGUAGGGCCACUGUCGGGUGUAAAGCCCAAAGUACUGGGGUGGAGUACACUGUUCCUAACACACAGCUUCUACAGAAAUGGCACUAGCCACCCAUCCCCAGCUUAAUCAUAGACCCCAAGGGACAAUGCUGAAAAUAAACAGUGCUUUCUCUGA